AUGCUAAAGGAGUAUCUGAUUGGACUCCCCGCUUGGGUGAAGGUGGAGGAGGAAGAUGAGGAUGGAUCCGUGGAGGAGCAGGAGGAAGAGGAGGAGGAGGAGAACUGGGAGAAAGCCCUGUCCGUGGAGCGCUUCGGAGACAUCAUCAGUGACUCUGCUUCCACCAGCGGAGACAGGAUGGGCCGACACUACACCGAGAAAGACUUCGAGUAUCACUCACCUUCCUGCAGCAGCCAGAAUGAACCUCGUCUACGCAAGAGGGUGCACAGUACGGACAGAAGGCGCAAAAAGAAACGUAAGAAAAAAAAGACCUCGCUGCCCCCCUCCGACGUUACGCCCACCAUCCACGAGGUAGACGAGGAAGAGGCGGAGUCCGAGACAGAGGCGUCCGGGGUGGCCGCCACGCCCACAGAGCUGCCUGACAUCCAGCCACAGUUUAGUUUGGGGAGCCAAGAGGACUUGGAAGAACCCCUUCCACUCACUACUGUCCACACGGAAAACGAAGAACAUCCGCUGUCGAGGAAAGCCGCGGUGACUCUGAUAAAGGGGGCAGCUCAUAACGGGGAUAUCACUGUUCUUGGACAGAACGAAGAGGUGGAUGGAGAAGAAGCAGCAGCAUGCAACAGCGUCCCCCCAGGCUCAGAUCCGUCCAGUUCGACCUCAGCCCGCGGCUGGUUCCGUAGGAAGCCCGUCCACCAUCGACUGCCGGGCGCCCAGCGAAGCAACUAUGACCUGCGGGAGCGGAUCUGCAUCGGCAGCAUGACUGCUCUGGAGACCGCCGUCUACCAGCAGGUGCCCACCGAUGAGGCCGAGGCCCAGAUGUUGGCCAGCGCUGAUCUGGAUGACAUGAAAAGUCACAGAUUUGAGGACAACCCCGGGGUGCGGCGCCAUUUGGUGAAGAAGUCGUCCCGAUGCCAGAUGACCCGGACCAGCAACAGUUCUACGCCGCUAUCCAGCCUGAAGAAGAAGAAGAGGGCAGCAGAUAAGAAAACUCAUGAGUUGUUUGUGGAGCUGAACGAGCUGAUUGUGGAGAAGGACCAUGAAAUGCGCUGGAAGGAGCGGGCUCGCUGGAUCAAGUUUGAGGAGGAUGUGGAGGAGGAGACUGACCGCUGGGGCAAACCUCAUGUGGCCUCGCUCUCCUUUCGCAGCCUGCUGGAGCUUCGCCGCACCAUCACACAAGGUGCCAUCCUUUUGGACCUGGAGCAGAACUCCCUGCCCGGCAUCGCCCAUCUGGUGGUGGAGACGAUGAUCAUCUCCGAUCAGAUCAGAGCAGAGGACCGAGCCAGCGUCCUUCGGGCUCUGCUUCUAAAACACAGCCAUCCGAGCGAUCUGAAGCAUCGUUUCCACCGCCACCACUCAACCAGCAGUCUUCACGCCCCCUUCAACCACAACCACGUCCCGGAUUCCAACCUGCCGCUGGUGGCCGAAGAGCACGACGAGCACGCCGACAACAAAGGCGGGGUGUACGACCCCAAACAAGACGUGUUCGUCAGCCUGUUCAAAUCUCUCCACCCUCUGCCUCCUGAGAGCCAUCCAGCUUGCGCCAGAUCUAUGAAACUCCUCGCCAAGAUUCCCAAAGACGCUGAAGCUGUCAUUGUUUUAGUUGGAUGUGUUGAAUUUCUGGAGCAGCCAGCGAUGGCCUUCGUCAGGCUGAGCGAUGCCGUCCUCCUGGAGUCGGUGCUCGAGGUUCCCGUCCCCGUUCGGUUUCUUUUCGUCCUGCUUGGCCCCAGUCAGUCCAACGUUGACUAUCAUGAGAUCGGACGGUCCUUCUCCACUCUGAUGUCUGACAAGAACUUCCAUGAGGUGGCCUACUUUGCUGACGACAGGCAGGACCUCCUGAACGGCAUCAAUGAAUUCCUGGACUGCAGCAUCGUCAUUCCUCCCUCCGACGUGGAGGGCAAAGACCUCCUGAAGACAGUGGCUGACUUCCAGAAGCAGAUGCUGCGCAAGAGAAAGGAACGAGAGCUCAAGAAGCAGCACUCCACAGCUGGAAUGGAGCUGGACAACAAAGAGGUGAGUCCGGAGGAGGAGGAGGAGGGCGACCAGGAGGUGGACCCGUUGAAGCGCUCAGGGAUCCCAUUCGGAGGCCUGAUCCACGACAUCCGCCGGCGCUACCCGCACUAUGUCAGCGACCUGAAAGACGCCCUGGACAUGCAGUGCGUCGCCGCCGUCAUCUUCAUCUAUUUUGCCGCGCUGUCACCAACUAUUACCUUCGGAGGCCUGCUGGGAGAGAAAACAGAGGGCAUGAUGGGAGUGACUGAGCUCAUCGUUUCAACUGCAACUCUUGGAGUCAUCUUCUCGCUGCUUGCUGGUCAGCCGCUCCUCAUCAUCGGCUUCUCAGGACCCUUACUGGUGUUUGAAGAAGCCUUCUACAAGUUCUGUCAGGCCCACGACUUCGAGUACCUGACUGGUCGAGUGUGGAUCGGCUUCUGGCUCAUCUUCAUCGUCCUGGUGAUUGUGGCAGCGGAGGGCAGUUUCCUCGUCCGCUACAUCUCACCCUUCACCCAGGAGAUUUUUGCUUUCCUUAUUUCCCUCAUCUUCAUUUAUGAGACUUUCUCGAAGCUCAUCAAGGUGUUUAGGGAACAUCCGCUGAUGGCGAUGUAUCCGUCUGACUCCACCCCAACUGCUGAGAUGCACACUUUGGAUGUCUACAACCAGCCCAACACUGCUCUUUUGUCUUUAGUGCUCAUGAUGGGCACUUUCUUUGUGGCAUUCUUCCUCAGGAAGUUCAGAAACAGUCGUUUUUUAGGUGGCAAGGCCAGAAGAAUCAUUGGUGACUUUGGCAUCCCAAUCUCAAUCCUAGUUUCAGUUCUGGUGGAUUACAGCAUUACUGACACCUACACACAGAAACUCAAUGUGCCGUCAGGAUUUUCCGUCACUUCCCCUGAAAAGAGAGGCUGGUUCAUUAAUCCCUUUGGUGACAAGCAGCCCUUCCCAACCUGGAUGAUGGGAGCGUCUAUUGUCCCGGCCCUCCUCGUCUUCAUUCUCAUUUUCAUGGAAACUCAAAUCACUUCACUCAUCGUCAGCAAGAAGGAGCGUCGUCUGGUCAAAGGCUCGGGCUUCCACCUGGACCUCCUGCUCAUCGUUAUCCUGGGCGCUUUCUGCCCUCUGUUCGGCCUGCCGUGGCUCACUGCAGCCACCGUGCGCUCUGUCACUCAUGUCAACGCCCUCACGGUCAUGAGCAAGGCCACGGCUCCCGGCGAGAAGCCCAUGAUCCAGGAGGUGAAAGAGCAGAGGGUGACCGGGCUUCUGGUGGCCGUGCUCGUUGGUAUGUCCAUAGUGAUGGAAGAUGUGCUGCGCCUCAUCCCUCUGGCCGUUCUCUUUGGUAUCUUCCUGUACAUGGGGGUCACCUCUCUGACGGGCAUCCAGCUGUAUGAACGUAUUACGCUCAUGGUGACGCCUGCCAAGCACCACCCUGACCACAUCUACGUCACCAAGGUGAAGACAUGGCGCAUGAACAUGUUCACCAUCAUCCAGCUGGCGUGCAUCGUGGCUCUGUGGGUAGUGAAGUCCACUGUGGCCUCCCUGGCGUUCCCCUUCGUCCUCAUCAUGACGGUGCCGCUGCGCCGCCUCAUCCUCUCCAGGAUCUUCGAGGAACGUGAGCUCCAGGCGCUGGAUUGCGAUGAGGAUUCUCCAAACUUCGAUGAAGAUGGACGAGACGAGUACAACGAGAUCCACAUGCUUGUAUAAAGUUGUAACUGGACCGGCCAAUAGGACCUCCUUCAUCCUCCACCUCUGACCAAUCAGAGCGAGCAAGCCUCUUUGGAAACCUCAGUGUCUCUGGGUAGCAGUGACAAAGCGAGAGGAGCUACUGUAAUGGUGUUUGUAAAAUAUACAAAAAUCUAUAGCUGGAUAAGCACUUCUUACCUUUGUUUAUUCCAGUUUUUUUGUUUGUUUUUUUUUAAGACAGCACACCUAAUGUUAGAUCUUUGUGGUGGUGGUGUUGUGUUAACCUCCCUGAAGAUGUUAAUUCCAUCAGAGACCAGAAAAAUCACUCCAAACCUGAAGUGGACGAUGCAAAUCUAGCAAAACACAAAAACUCACAUGAACACUUUUUAUCCCUUUAAUUACUCUGCAGGUUCUGGGCAUAAGUGCAAUGAUGACCUCUAGGACUACAGCAGGCGGAAACAUUCAGGCAAAUUUUGGCACUGAAUCAUGAAAAAAAAUGACCAAUUUGCUAUAUUUUUUCAUUAAGAAAGUAGAUUUUCAUCAACAAUUCAUAAUUGUGCAGAUAAAGUAAAUCUCGAAGCCCUGAAUGAGUUUCACUGCCUCUGUAGUUUAGCUGCCUUUUUCCUUCAUACUCCUGUCCUUGCCUAUAGGUUGCAAUGAUGUGCAAACAAGGAGUUAAGUCGUCCCUUUUUUCCUUUCUGUACAGACUUUUAGAAAUGAGCACUUUGACUGGGCAAAAGUUCACUCUUGUCGCUGCCAACCGAGCUCCCUGGCACGAAGCCUUCCCUCUAAAUGUAGUCUCCCCUUGAAGCCAAAAUCCCUGGAGGCUGUGCAAGCCUCUUCAAGGGUUGUUACUGUACUUUGUUAGGUGUUUAAUGCCCUACAUACCAGUCCACUGAUCCCAUUAUUGUGACCUUGGAUGUAUAAGUAAAUAGCUAACACGGUCUCAACCUUAUUUUUCUACUUUGUUGUAUCUAUUUAUUUUGUGACCUGUUGGACUUAAUGCCAGAUUCUCAGUGGUUGUUUCUACUCCAAAUAGCUUCGACUACUAUAAGAGUUAGUAUAAAAUAAAAAGAACAUUGUGUAGGUUGACACGUUCGAAAA